GAAUGACACAUACCAGGACUGAGUGUUAGGUGGAGAAGUUUGCUCAAGCCGCAUGUUCUGAGGUUGGGAAGGGUGGUUUCCCAAUGCAUGUGCAGGGUCCUUUUUAUACGAGAGCUAGUUUGCCAGCAGCGAAAGUACAGAACCAACCAAGCAUCCAUUUCUCUGCUAAGGCCUACUCCUCAGGCCUUGUCCUCACGUUCACUCCACAAGGUGAGGUUCUAAGGUAACACUGGCAGUCACUUCUGAGCAAGACACCUCGCCCCUGAGUAGAGCAGGGAAGGGUCUAUGUUCAGUAAGCUCUACCCUCGAGCAUUUUCACAGAGCAGCCUCCAGUCUCCAGCUGGCAGCUGCUAGGACCAAGGGGGCUGGCACCAGGCCCUGCCCCUCCCUUACUAGCUGUGUGUGUCUCCAAAGGAAAGCAUCAGAGUGACAGCCGGUACCAUCUCCACAGCGGCUGAGUUGCUGGAGCUGGGCUAGGGCAGGGGGAGAAAGCCGAGCCAGGCUCUGCCUUGCGUCCUCCCAUAGGGCCCACUAAAACCCACAAGAAGAUGGCAGCUUGGUCGUCGGAGUCACCCCCUGGGCAGCCUACGAGCAGCCUCAGUGAAGCCUGAGCGCUCAGAUGGCCAACCCCUCGGGCGCCACCGAACUCACAGCCUCGGUGGGGUUUAUCCUGGCGGUUCUCGUGGAGGUGGGGGCCGUGCUGGGCAACGGCACGCUGCUCGUGGUGGUGCUGCGCACUCCGGGCCUGCAAGAUGCCUUCUACCUGGCGCACCUGUGCGUCGUGGACCUACUGGCGGCCGCUUCCAUCAUGCCCCUGGGCCUGCUGGCCGCGCCGCCCGGCCUGGGCAAUACUCCCCUGGACCCCUCCUCUUGCCGGGCGGCGCGAUUCCUUUCGGCGACGCUGCUCCCCGCUUGCACGCUCGGCGUGGCCGCGCUCGGCCUGGCGCGCUACCGCCUCAUAGUGCACCCCCUGCGGCCAGGCGCGCGGCCGGCUCCAGCGCUGGUGCUCACCGCCGUGUGGUCGGCGGCCGCGCUCCUGGGCGCGCUCUCUCUGCUCGGGCCGCCGCCCGCGCCGCCUCCGGCUCCGGCUCGCUGCUCUGUCCUGGCCGGGGGUCUCGGGCCCUUCCGGCCCCUCUGGGCGCUGCUGGCCUUCGCGCUGCCCGCGCUCCUGCUGCUGGCCGCCUACGGGAGCAUCUUCCUGGUGGCGCGGCGGGCGGCCCUCCGGCCCCCUCGCGGGGCCCGGCUACGCUCGGACUCUCUGGACAGCCGCCUCUCCUUCUUGCCAUCCCUCCGGCCACGUCUGCCCGGGGGCAAGGCGGCCCUGGCCCCGGCCCUGGCCGUGGGCCAGUUUGCCGCCUGCUGGCUGCCUUAUGGCUGCGCGUGCCUGGCGCCCGCGACGCGCGCCGCGGCGGCCGAGGCGACUGUCACCUGGGUAGCCUACUCUGCCUUCGCGGCUCACCCCUUCCUCUAUGGCCUGCUGCAGCGCCCGGUGCGCUUGGCGUUGGGCCGCCUCACCCGCCGAGCAAUGCCUCGGACUCAAAAAGACUGCACGUCGCAGGCCUGGCACCUACGGACAGUUCUUCAGCGCCUCCAGGGACUCCGCAAGGACCCUGCCGCAGGCCCUUCCGAGGCACCAGAACAGACCCGAGAAAUGUCAGGACAGAGCUCUAGCGUGUCUGCGGCCACCUGAGAGAUUUCUCCUGAGCUGGGGAAAGGAUGGGAUCAGAGGGGCACAUCCACCCCCUGCUCAAGUUGUGGCAGGUACUCUGCCCGGACUGCUGGCUCUGAAACUGGGCGAGAGGAUAGUAUUUAGCCUGGUGAGGUUUCUCAGGAACACGCUUCUGGGCUCAACACUACCUGGGUGGUCUUGUAUUCAGUCCUGCCUUUCCCGGAGCCUCAGUUUUCCCAUCUAGACCCUACACCAUCACCUCCUAAGGACCUCUCCAGUGUAUGCUUUUUAAAAUCAUGGAUGCACCCUGAUCCAGAGAGGAGAAAGGCAGGUAAGCCAGAAGGAUGAGCCAAGCUGGACAGGGUCUGGGUAACACCACGUUAGGAGGAUCCAGUGGAGAGACAUGCAGAAGAUUUCCCUGCCUUUUGUGCCGUGGAGAACGACUCAAAGUCACCACUCAAGCUGCUUGGAAAACAGCCUGACUGGUUUGGUGCUAAAGGCAGGAGGCUGAGCACAUGACCCCCAAAGGGUCCUGUGAUUUCACCCCAGAACUGACAGGAGGAAGGGGCUAUAGACCAACUAGAGCUGGUGGAUUCACAGAUUGGG